GAAUCAAGUACAACCGGAAGUGUAUAAAAUCACAUGAUAAUUUACUGACAAACUUCCACAAUGGCAGGAGGAUUAGAAAGAGCACGGAAAUUGCCAAAGAUCCAGGACACUGAAAAUGAGUCCAAAUUUGGUUACGUGUUCGCAGUGUCUGGUCCUGUGGUUACAGCACAGCAGAUGGCUGGAGCUGCUAUGUACGAGUUAGUACGUGUAGGACAUUCUGAGCUAGUAGGAGAGAUCAUUCGAUUGGAGGGGGACAUGGCUACCAUUCAAGUAUACGAGGAUACAUCUGGUGUUACGGUAGGUGACCCGGUACUAAGAACAGGCAAACCUCUGUCUGUAGAACUUGGUCCUGGUAUUAUGGGUUCCAUCUUUGAUGGUAUUCAGCGUCCCCUAGAAGAGAUCAACAAAUUGACACAGAGUAUCUACAUUCCAAAAGGUAUUAACACUCCAGCUCUUGACAGACAGAAAAAAUGGGAGUUUGAACCAUAUGGCAGCAUCAGGGUUGGGAGUCAUGUGACAGGAGGCGAUGUAUAUGGAAUGGUGUAUGAGAACAUUCUGGUUAAACACAAAAUCAUGCUCCCCCCUAAAGCUAGAGGGACCGUUACCUGGAUUGCAGACCCUGGUGAAUAUGAUGUCAAUGAUGUUGUGUUGGAGACAGAGUUUGAUGGAGAGAAGUCCAAGUUUACCAUGUUACAAGUGUGGCCUGUCCGUCAGUUACGACCAGUGACAGAGAAACUUGCUGGAAACCACCCCCUGCUGACAGGACAGAGGGUGCUUGAUGCUCUGUUUCCCUGUGUGCAGGGUGGAACCACCGCUAUCCCUGGGGCUUUUGGGUGUGGUAAAACUGUGAUCUCACAAUCCUUGUCCAAGUUCUCCAACAGUGAUGUCAUUAUUUAUGUUGGUUGUGGUGAACGAGGAAAUGAAAUGUCUGAAGUAUUGAGAGAUUUCCCAGAGCUGACUAUGGAAGUGGAUGGUAAACCUGAGAGUAUCAUGAAGAGGACAUCAUUAGUAGCCAACACCUCUAACAUGCCUGUAGCUGCUAGAGAGGCCUCCAUUUACACUGGUAUUACACUGUCUGAGUAUUUCCGUGAUAUGGGUUAUAACGUGUCUAUGAUGGCUGACUCCACAUCUCGAUGGGCCGAGGCCUUGAGAGAAAUCUCUGGUCGUCUGGCUGAAAUGCCUGCUGAUUCAGGUUACCCAGCCUACCUUGGAGCUCGCUUAGCUUCCUUCUACGAACGUGCUGGUCGUGUCAAAUGUAUUGGAAAUCCUGAAAGAGAGGGCAGUGUCAGCAUUGUGGGGGCUGUAUCUCCCCCUGGUGGUGACUUCUCUGACCCUGUGACUUCGGCAACCCUGGGUAUUGUACAGGUGUUCUGGGGUCUGGAGAAGAAGUUGGCCCAGAGAAAACACUUCCCUGCCAUUAACUGGCUCAUCUCCUACAGCAAGUACACAUGGGCUCUAGAAGAAUUCUACGACAAAAACUUCCCCGACUUCACUCCCCUCAGAACAAAGUGCAAAGAAAUUCUGCAGGAAGAGGAAGAUCUGUCUGAAAUCGUACAGUUGGUCGGCAAGGGUUCGCUUGCGGAGGCAGAUAAGAUAACACUGGAGGUGGCUAAAUUAAUCAAGGAUGAUUUCUUACAACAGAAUGGAUACACCCCUUAUGAUAGAUUCUGCCCCUUCUAUAAGACUGUGGGUAUGUUGAAGAACAUCAUUGCAUUCUACGACAUGGCCAGGCAUUCAGUGGAGAGUACAGCACAAAGUGAGAAUAAAAUUACCUGGGCCAUUAUCAGAGAUCAAAUGAACGACAUCAUCUAUAAACUCAGCAGCAUGAAAUUCAAGGAUCCAGUUAAAGAUGGCGAGAGGAAGAUAAAGCAGGAUUAUGAUGACUUGCAUGAAGAAAUGCAGACAGCAUUCCGAAAUCUGGAGGACUAAUUAAUGGUGUAGAUUAAAUUAUUCCAAUUACUAGAAAAUAAAGACACUAUUGUUUAUGUGGAAUUGUAGAUAAAAAGUUGCAGGAAUCGGUAUUCUAGUCAAAUUGAAUUUGAAUUUUUUUUUGCUUCCAUGACAGCAGCCAAUUUCAUCAGGACCUGCACAUGUACAUGUAAAUUAUAAGUUAUAGUCCCUGAUCUGUAUAACUUUUAAAAACAAGGGAUCCAUGAAUCCAGAUAGCAUCAAAUCCAUUGUCUCAAAGUUUUUAAUAGCAGCUUUCACUGUGUAAAGUACAUCACAUUGUACUACUGCUGGGUAAAGCCAAACUGUUGACACAUAACUUAAUGUUGGGCAUUUGAUUACCUUAUGAAAUCUACAGUGAAGCAAGUUAUAAAAUUUACAGUGUAACGAGUGUUGUUUAAGGACAAUAUUUUUGGUGAUGAAAACAUUUAUUUUCUAGACAAAUCAUUCCAUAUGUAAUACUUGUGUAUAUGAGAUAGUGCUGUGUGAAGUUGUAGAUUUUAAUUCCUAGAUUGGAGCUUUGACAAUGAACAAACAUUUCUUUAAAUGCAGCUCAGUUGAAGCUUGUUUCAUAUUUUCGUUACAUUUUUUGCAUCAGCUGAACAAACUAUUGAUAAUCAAGGUUGAGUCUUUAUAUUUGGUCAACAAUUAUUUAAUACAGUCGUAAUUUCUAAAUUUGUAUAUAAUUUUUGUGAUGAUAUGGAUAUUUUGGAUGAAAUAUG